AUGUCUUCUAAGCGAGCUGUUUGCGAGCCGUGGCCCGCCGCCGGGACGUGCGGCCUCGCUGUUGACUCGGCAAACGCGGGGGCGGUGGAGGCGGAGGCGGAGGCGGCGGGCGGCCGCUGCCCCCAAUUGCUCGGUCUGCACGAGGUGCCGGGGGUGCGUCUGCCGCUGCAGACGGCGAGCUACGCGUCGUCGCCGAGCCCGCCGCUGCACGGGCACGGGCACGGGCACGCCGUGCUCAUGUACUCGGCGUCCGGGCACGCGGGCGACGCCGUGACGCUGCAGCUGAGCGAGCUGGACGCGAGCUCGGGCGACAAGCUGGCCGGCGUGCUGGCGCGCCUCGCCGGCUCCGAGGACGCGACGCUCUCCAUCAGCCUGCAGGACGCCGCCGGGGAGCUGUCCGCGCUCGCCGACGGAGCCGCCAUCGACGUCCUGCUCGGCGCCUCCUCGCUGCACGCCGCCAACGCCGGUAACGGCGGCGCGACGGCGACGUUUGACCUGUUCGACUCGGAGAGCGCGCACGACCUGACGCUGUCGCCGCAGACGUUUACGAGCUCCACCGAGGCGUUCAUCAACGACAACUCGGACAGCCUGGGGGUGCCGGGGGACGCCGACACAGUGGGCAGCUCCGAGGACGCCAAGGCGGCCACGCCCGACUCCAGCAAGCUGGCCGUGAAGAAGGCGCGCCCCAAGGCAUCGUCGCCCAACCGCCAGGGGCCGCAGCAGUGCCAGGUGUGCGGGAAGGUGUUUGGCAACGCGUCGGCGCUGGCCAAGCACAAGCUGACGCACAGCGACGAGCGGAAGUACGUCUGCGGCAUGUGCGGGAAGGCGUUCAAGCGCCAGGACCACCUGAACGGCCACAUGCUGACGCAUCGGAACAAGAAGCCGUACGAGUGCAAGGCGGAGGGCUGCGGCAAGAGCUACUGCGACGCGCGCUCGCUGCGGCGGCACACGGAGAACCACCACACGUCGGGCAGCGGGGGCGGCGGCGCCAGCAGCACUCCUCGUCCUCGUGCAUCCAGUACGCGCCGCCCCCUGCCACCACCUCCGCCUCCCCCACCGCCGGCAGCACCUCCGCCCCCGCCAAGGGCGGCGGCAGCCAGCUGCAGCAGCUGCUCGCCUCCGACCCGGCCUCCUCGUCCACUCCUCGGCCCACAACGCCCGCCACCAACUCGUCGUCUUCCGCCACGUCCUCCAAGGUAA